AUGUUGAAUUUAUCUCCACCGUCACCAUAUAAUCAUCAUCGACAUCACCAUCGACAUCAUUCAUCAAGUUCACAUAAAAAACAUUCUGAUGAAGAUGAUCAACAACGAACAAAUUAUAUAAUUGAUACAUUUUUAAAAAAUUUUGCUAAUGAUAUACGUGAAAGUCCUAAAGGAUGGCGUAAUCGAUUUCGUAAAAUGUCUGCAAAUGAAUUUUCAUUUUAUCGUGGUUCAGCCGUUUUGUUUUAUCGUGAUAUGCUAUGUGAUUUGGCACAUGAUCCAUGGUUAAAAAAUUGCAAAGAAGCUUCACGUGUAUUUAUUCAUGGUGAUCUUCAUGCUGAAAAUUUUGGUACAUAUAUUGAUCGGGAUGGUGUUAUUAAUUUUGAUGUAAACGAUUUUGAUGAAGGUUAUAUUGGUCCAUUUACAUGGGAUAUUAAACGUUUAGUAGCAAGUAUUAAUUUAAUAACAUAUUCAAAAGCAUAUAGUGAUGAAAAAAUUGCAAAAAUUAUUCGUUGUCUUGUUUCUUCGUAUUUAAGACAAAUUUAUGAAUAUUGUGAUUCACCUGAACAACAUUCAAUAGCAAUAACAAGUGAAAAUACACGUGGAACAGUUAAUAAAUUAUUAAAAGAAUCACGUUUGGGUUCAACAGAAGAAUAUUUAAAUACAAUGACAACAAUAGAAAAUUUCGAAAGAAAAUUUAUUCGAUCGAAAACUGCAAAAGAUGUUGAUGAUCAAUUACGUCAUCAAAUAUUAACGGCAUUUCAAGAAUAUCAACAAACGAUACCACCAAGUAAAAAACAAACAAAAUGGUCAUAUGCAGUAAAAGAUAUUGUAGCACGUACAUCAUCUGGUAUAGGAUCAUCAGGUCGAGCAUCAUAUAGUAUAUUAGUACAAGGAAAAACACAAGCAUUAGAAAGUGAUAUUAUUUUAUUUAUGAAACCAGCAACACAAUCAGCUGUAUCUACUGUUAUUAAAGAUCAAAAUCUUGAAUAUUAUUUUCGACAUGAUGGUUUACGAACUGUUUUAUGUGCUUAUGCAAUGCAUGCUGUUACAUCAAAAUGGUUAGGCUAUGCAACACUUAAUAAUCAAAUACCAUUAGUAAUUAAUGAAGCUGCAACUCAUAGUAAAAAUCUUGAAUGGAGUAAUAUAAAUGAUUUUGAAGAUAUUUGUGAAACAGUUGAAUAUUUGGGUAAAGCUAUGGCAAAAAUUCAUUGUAUAUCUGAUUUUGAUUCGAUUGAAAAAGAAAAACAUGCACAACAACAUACUGAUUUAUUACCAUUACAUAUUAUACCGAAACAUACAGAAAAAACUAUUCGAAAAGCUAUUGGUGGAAAUGAUGAAGGUUUUAUUCAAGAUAUGGUUUCAUUUGCUAUGAUAUAUGGUAAAAGAGUUCGUCGUGAUCAUCAACUUUUUUUUGAAGCAUUUCGUAACGGAAAAAUUCCUAUGCUAGACAUAGAUCAAUCUCAUCCACCACAAUAUCAAGGUUUUCCUUAUCAAUAUUGA